AUGCCGCGGCCGCGAAGUUUGCGCUUUACGCGAAAAACUGGCGAUCGCGCAGCGAUAAUUCUUCUGCGUCGCGUUCGUGCUCCAAGUCACUUCGCGUUUAAAAACAAAUCCAGUCAUGUUCGCGGUUUACAUCAAAUCGUAUCCGCCGGUGUUGGACGUACGGGAACAUACAUCGUGAUUGAUACUAUGUUAAAAAAACUGAAAGAACAACGUUCAAUUAACAUUCCAUCGUUUCUUAAACAAAUUCGUCAACAAUAA